AUGCGCAUUGCAGGAGUUAUUGCCUUGAAAAGGGCUCCGAGAUGCAAGACUCUUUCUCUGAUUGGUUGCCAGGUUCGUCUGCCCAUCUCAGAUGCUGUCAACGUCCGCUGGCAUUCGGCCAACCUGAGUGCCGCACCCGUGGACCGUCGAAAUGACGAGACCGACGAGACCGACACCCGCGGGCGGUCUGGGUCCGCGCCUGACCCCCAGUCAAGCUCCGAGUGGGCGGGACUACUAGCCGCCGCAGAAUCAACCAAUACCGAAGCUAAUAUGCACCGAACUUCCUUUCAUGCCGCGUCAAUCGUCACCGCCCCGCCAAGAAUGCGAAGCUCGAAGUUGGCGGAGAGCGUAGCCGGAGAACCGCAGUCACCGCCGCCUAGCAGACCUCACGCUGAACUAGCCAUACCGCCCGAAGGCGAACCACUUCCUGCGGGACUACCGACGGGAUUCCGCGACAUGUCGCCGACGGAGCAAGAGGAGGAGCUAUGGAUACUCUUAGAAGGCGAGCGCCUUGAAACCGAGUGGAAAACGGAAAUCCUAGGCAAACACCGUCCUUACAUGAAGGACUUCCCGAGAUACUCGCCUGUCAGGGUCGUGGGAACGCUGUUACGUUGGCGAAAUAGAAGGUGGACGCCCCGAGAAUGGCAGCUGGCUCGUGCCAUUGCCAACAAUCGAAGCCUGCGUCCCUCUAUUAUCACAGCACAAGCUUUACUUCGCCGAUACGCGCUCCUUGCUCGGCGGACUGGCAUCACGACCAAGAUCGAGCGUUAUCUUGGCAGAACUUGGGAGUGGAAGAAGCGACUUCGGCAGCUGCAGGCUCAGACUGGCAUCACUGAAGGUGAUAUCAAGCAAUGGCUCUGGAUCCUGAACCCCAUGGACGGGGAUAUGCAGGUCACAAGAUUCCUUAAGAGCGACUGCCGCAAACCUUUUUUCCUCCUGAUGGCGCUGCUCGCUAGGGACAGGAUCAUCAGAAAGCCCGCUACAUUUAUAGCCUACAUUAAGUACAUCAGGGAUAACUACAUCUCGUCGGAGCGCCCGGCGGACGAGUUGGCCAACCCGGCCUAUCAAGGACAAGGCCGAUCCAUGACGUGGUGGCAUUUUCUGGUCCUGCUUCAUCGUCUUGUACGGCACGCCCGAGAGACGUGGCCCGCAGGCAUGCCUUUGAUAUCGCGCCUAGCCGCCGACUACAUUGCCACUAUGCCUCCUGACCAAGACAGUCGGGCGCUGACGGGCCCCCAAGCUCGGUCGCUGGUAUUCAACAAGGCACUUCAGCACGUUGGUUGGCCCGCGCGCAUCCGGCCCCUCGACCAUAUAGAACACAACUGGGCCGCGCAACGACAGCUUUUGCAAUUGGCAGCGUCGGUUGAGCCUCCUCUGAUGAUGGACAAGAACAGCUAUCGGUCUGUCAGAACGGUCCUCCUUGGCAUGAGCAAGACAAAGGACGAAGCAAGGAACGUCGACCGGGCCGUCAAGACGUGGCCACCCUACCGACGCGCACUAGAUGGGAUCGAUGAGCGACGCAAUCCCGAAGAUGGUCUUAGCAGGAGCGUCAAGGCCGGGCUGCUCGCGCGUGAAGCCGGCUACAAUGACGAUUCUGUCGAUCGAGCUCUCAGCGCCUUGGGCGGAUCCACGUUUGGAGACUCGCCGACCAUACAGACGAGGUCACUGCCCCCACCAAUGUUCUCAGGCAACCGGGCCAACCUAAACGUCUAUACCGAGUGGGCCUCAACGAUAAGGGCGACGAGAAAUGCCAGAGAAGCGUGGUUCAUGUUUGAGCACCCUCCCCAACCGGGGUUGAGGCCUGAUAUUCAUGUCUACACCGAGAUGUUCCAAAAACUAUUUGCCCGCCCUGUGGCAGACUCAUCAGGUAUACGACCAGGAGAUGUCAAGGAAGUAUUCCCAGUUCACGAUGGCAAUCUCAGCGAAUUUGAGAUAGCAAGGCUGACCCCACCAAAACCCGAGGAGCUAUACGAACUUAUGCUGCACCGCGACCACAUCAGGCCCACCGGGCAUUGCCUUGCUGUUCUUGUGGCGAACGCUCCAUCGAAAGAGCACGCUCUACGGUUCCUGGACGAUAGCCCAUGGAGAUCUCACAUCGGCGCACUAAAGGACUUCUCCCUGUGGACGACGAAGCCGCGAUCCGGCGAACCUAUGAGGGAAUUGUCCAUGGUACCUAUCGCCAUUUUCCACGCAUGGAUCGCCAUGUUAUGCCGCAUUCACACACUGAGACCGAAGCAAGAGGGUCCUGCCGAUACGUCCAUUUCCCGAGCUAAGCAGCGAGCCAUGAAUAUAGCUGGGGGCGCUACAAUUGUCGAGGCUAUCGAGCUCACGAGAGCAUUUCACGCGAGGAAUGGAAAGCUUGCUUCGCGCGACAAACGAUCAUGGCACCUAAUCAUGGAGGCCCUGGCCGGGCCUAAACUGUUAUACAGCUUUUUGGGAGCGCCGUACAAUGUCCUGAAGACGUUGACUUGGUUUCUGCAUGUUUACGAGAAGACCAUAGCCUCAAAAAGCAUCGACAUAGUUUCGUUCGAAUCGCUCUGCGUCAUGAUCCGCAAGGCGCUGAAGCUGUCCACAUUUGAGGAUGAUAGUAAAUCAGAAAAAGUGCAGCGCGACCGGCGCGAAAUCAACUGGCACCUCGGCAAGUUUGUUGUGCACGCGCACCGACUCGCCGUGGCGGGAUUCCAGCAAUUGACACUCCUUCCUCCAGUGGGUCAGGGGAUUGCUGAGGAAUGGGAAGAGUGGGAUGACGAGACGCCUCACGGCGUGACGCAAUAUAACGUCUCCGGUCGGCCUCUGUAUCGGUACAUGAUGGCGCUGGGGUGCUGCGGCAGUGGGAGGGAGAUGGUGAGGUUGAUGGACUGGAUCCUGGACGGAUGGGACGGCGCGCACAUUCGGGACGAGGCCAAGGACCCGAAAUGUCUGCCCUACCAGUACCUCAUCCGGGCGUUCGCCUACUUUGUCGACGUGGCCAAGAACCUGGUGGAGCCGGCCGAGAUGGAACGGCUCCGUCAGCGCCUGGACCAGCUGGUGCGCACGCGGGAGUCUUUUGGGGGUGGUCGCUACCUCGCUCGCGGCGUCGAUCAAAUGGAUGUGUUUACGGAGGGACCCCUCGACGGCCAAGACGACCUCGGCCAACCGCUUCCCGAGUCCAGUCCGCAACCGCCGUUGAGCGAGGCGCCUCCCCGCCACCCCCUUUUUCCCGAUGACUGGCCGUCUGCCAGCAGCCUAGCCGCUCAAGACGUCAAUGGGGUGAACCCAGCACCUCUCGCAGGGUCACCAUGGGAAACGCCAAGAGCGUCGGCGCCUCUCUCCGACCUCGAAGUCAACGGUGAACAGGCCAUUGAAUCAGACAACGCAGACAUAGCAACGCCGGUCUCAUUCGACAUCAAACGGAGAAAGAACAUAUAUGUGGAGCUUCCACAGUCAACCUUGGUAAACCCAAGGUCCCAGUACGAUGGGUGGACACCCCCGCUGCCGCCGAGUCGAGAGUGGACUGCGGUUGCGGCGCUGAUGGAAGUAGCCGAGGCGAAAGAGGACUUUGUCGAGUUUGAGCUCGAUCAGUUCGUCUUUUACAUCAAUUCGAAAUACUAUGCGUACGAAAUGAGACCUCUGCAGCACAUGGCUACUCGCGUCGGACAAACCAGAUUUUUCUUCAAUGGCGUGCUGAGCGUUGGCGACCAGAGGCACUAUGUCGAGAACGUUGAGGUGUCGGAGCUGCCCAUCGGUAAUUACGGUGACUCCAACCACGCGGUUGACGGCCAAAUCUGGGUCAGAUCUUUACACAACGCCGAUAAGGAAGUCUAUUACCGCCUGAAAAGCCCCGCGACCGAAUACAGAAGGUUCUACGAGCCCUUCGUGUGGAUUGCCAAUUUGGCCAAGCAUGUUGUCGACUUCUCUGCCAGUUUGAUUGAACAAGGCCGCGCUGUCGACCUCCAUUCAUUCAAGGAAUCCUUCGCCCAAUGGCUCGACCAGGCGCACGGCGAAGCCCUCAGUUUCCAGAACUGGCGGCAGCAACACCCCAGCCGGGAUUACCGCACGUCGAUAACCGCGAAUAUCGAUUUCAUCUGGAAAGAGAUGAACGGCGUCCUAGGAGAGAGAAAGGCAUCGUCUCUCCAUCUGUUUAGAGAGACAUACCAUUUCAGUCGCUAUAAGGCCACGGUUGCACCCCCAAUUCCCAUGAUUGUCGAAGAAGGAGAGGCUGAGCCUCAGCCCCCGACCAUCGUCACCCCGUACAUUAAGGAAUGCUUCGGGCACAUGUCCCUUGGGAAGAUGCUGAGGGUUGUUGACGGCAGUACUUCAAAAGCUCAACCGGAUUUCGGGUCACACCGGUCUUUUGACGCAACCAGGACAGUAGAGAGGGCUACACCGAUUGAGGCAAUGGUUUCCUCAUGCACCACUGGCCGAAGGAGGAAACCAUACUUCCUCCCAUGCGAGGUGAUCGAUCGGAUCCGAGUCGGCGAUACCAUCUCCACCCCCCGUGACUGCGAGACGACGGAUACGAAAUGGCGGAGCAUGGAGUCCAAAGGUGCGGCAGAUGAUGGCAGGUGGUUUGGUCUGGUGCAAAAAGUCCAUGUCGCCAACGACGGAUUUCGCACCUUCGAUGUCACCUGGUUUUACCGCCCCGUGGAGACGCCUUGCUGCAUGAUGAAAUACCCCUGGCCGAAUGAGUUGUUCCUUUCAGACCAUUGCACAUGCGAAGAAGGAGAGCAUGCCCGGGUCAAGGAGUACGAGGUCCUUGGGGUCCACCAUAUCAACUGGUUCGGGAACCCAAAUGAGGGAGACGGAGAGUUCUUUGUUCGCCAAACCUAUCUCGUCGACGGACGUCGCUGGGUUACUCUUCAGAAGUCCCAUAUGACGUGCUCUCACGGCCCAGAAAAGCCCAGGUUCAGGACAGGCGACACUGUGUUGGCCGCACUUUCAUCUGACGCUCUGGCCGAGCCGUACGAGGUCGCCAAGAUCUUUAAGCAAGGCAACAUCAUGUUCGUACGGCUGCGGAGACUUUUGCGCCGGAGCCGGGUUGAUCCUCAAGCAAACCCGGCGCCGAAUGAGCUAGUGUAUUCUGACCAGUUCGUCGUGGCAAAGGCGAACAAGGUUGGGGAAAGGUGUGUUGUCCGGAUCUUUCGGGCAGGCAAGCAAAUUCCGGUUCCAUAUGACCGGGGCGGUACGGGGAAUCUGUUUUAUAUGACCCACCGACUUGUGGAAGACGGCAAUAGCAAGCGCUGUAUUCCAUUCGACGGUGAUAUACCGUCUUCGUUCCGCCAGGGCUUUGACCCAGCCAACCACUCAUUCCGCAAGCUCAAGGGAAUGGAUUUGUUCUGCGGUAGCGGCAACUUUGGACGCGGUCUCGAAGAAGCUGGUGCAAUAGAGAUGCACUGGGCAAACGACAUUUGGGACAAGGCCAUCUAUACUUAUAUGGCAAAUAGCCCCGGGCCCAAGACCACAAAACCCUUUCUGGGGUCGAUCGACGACCUGCUUCGCCUAGCAAUCGAGGGCAAGUAUGCAGACAAUGUACUGCGGCCGGGUGAGGUUGAUUUUAUCUCGGCCGGGAGUCCAUGCCCAGGCUUUUCUCUCUUGACACAGAAUAAACAGACUCUGAAGCAAUUCAAGAACAGGUCUCUGGUGGCGUCAUUUGCCUCGUUCGUCGACUUCUACCGGCCCAAGUAUGGCGUUCUGGAGAACGUAACUACGAUCGUACAAGCCCGCAAGCACAACCAAGCCGAGGACGUGCUGUCACAGCUCAUUUGCGCUAUUGUCGGUAUGGGCUAUCAGGCCCAGUUGAUUAUGGGAGAUGCCUGGUCCCAUGGCGCGCCACAGGCACGAACUCGAGUCUUUCUCUAUUUCGCGGCACCGGGCCUACGACUCCCAGAAGCGCCAGGCCUGUCCCACUCGCAUUUCCCGGCCGCAUCAUCGCGGGACCUGGGAGCGUUGUGUAACGGCGAGCCGUACGUCCGCCGGUCGUUUGAGGCCACCCCCUUCAAAUACGUCAGCGCGUCCGAAGGCACAGCCGAUCUCCAGCGGAUUGGCGACGGCAAACCCGAUGCUUGCAUCCCCUUCCCGGAUCACCGGGUAUGUACCGGUAUCACACGGGAACUCCGCCGGCAGAUCCAAAUCAUUCCGAUACACCCGUACGGCAUGGAUUUCGUCACAAGCUGGCGUGGAGGUAAAGGGGUUAUGUCGGCGGCGGACCGAGAUGCCUUCCCCGCCGAAGGAGGUUCUCGUAAGGCAUCAGUGGCGUCUAAUUCAAAGGCGUGGCAGCGGAUCCGCCCCACCGAAGUCUUCCGAACGGUUACAACGGGCGGCCACCCGGGAGAUGCGCGUGGCGUGACGAGUCUGCAUUGGAAUGAGGACCGGCCUCUUACACUACAGGAGGUACGGCGCGCCCAGGGGUUCCCGGAUCACGAGGUCCUUUUGGGCAAUAUGCAAGAUAAAUGGAAGCUGGUCGGGAACAGCGUGGCGAGGCAGAUGGCGCUGGCGCUCGGCCUCAAACUGCGCGAGGCGUGGGUUGGGACGCUGUACGAGGACGGCAGAAUCUCGCGCGCGGCGUCGCGAUCGGUUACUCCAGGCAUCGAGCCCGACAGCAGGGCGAGGAGCGUGACCACGCCGGCGUCGGCCAUUUCGGAUACCAGGGUCGGCAUGAGAAAGCGGCUACUGUCGCAGACGUUGACGACAGACCUGCAAUCACCUAAGAUGCCUAAGCUGGAGAGAGACUCGACCCCGGCUUCGGAGCAGCAAUUGAAUGGGACUGUAAUGCCGGCAUCCGGGCUGGAGUUGGACACGACCCCGGACGAUGUUCAGGAAAGCGAAGCGGCGUCGCCGGUGCAGCCGGGGCCAACGGUGGUCCGUCUCUCGGUGGACGACGAGUUGGAGGAUUAUGAAUGA